GUUGGCCGUACGAGGUGGCAGAUUUUUGAGUGGGUUAGUCGUUGGUGUGAUUGUGUUCGAGGAUAAGAAGGCUUUUUGGAUGAUUCCUUAUGGGGUAGAGAGAACCACGUCUAUAAACGUGUUGAUCGAUAUCUCUCUGAAAGAUUUAGAGGGAGCAUGGAGGGAUAAUCCGGAAUUUUCUGCUGUUAGUCAAUAA